CAUCAUGCUGAUUUAUAACAGCGCCACCAAGCGUUUGUGAAGGUUAAAAUCAAGAUGGCUGCGCCCGUGAGACAUUUCUGCCGUCAGUUUUCAAGGCUUACGUGCCUUGUAAGAAGACAGCCUAAUAUACAGGAUAUUGCAAGUUGUCACACAGGUCAUCCUUACGCUGGAGCAUCAGCAGGUAUCGACAUUGGUCUUCCAAUCUCGCAAACGUCUGGCAAGGAUGUCCUGAGAGAGAGAUUAGCCAGGAACAGACAAAACAAGAGUAGUGCCGAGCUGGAGAAAGCUGCCAGGCAUAGAACAUUACAAGUCCCACUGGAUGAAGUGAAGCAGGAAUGGGAGCUGACCAGCGCCCCCUAUCAUCUCCGACGCAUCGCUCAUCAUUACGGCAUCUUCAGGGAUCUCUUUGAUAGGGCCGACUUUCUUCCGCAAGUCACGCUCAGGAUCUCCUAUGAUGUGCAAGAGGACGUGACCGUGCCGGUCCAUUCCGGCAAUUUUGUGGCACCAACUGAGGCUUUUCAAGCACCAGCUGUCUUCUUCGAUAGUCCUGAAGACAACCUGUGGACGUUGUUACUAGCUAACCCAGAUGGGCACUUGCUGGAUAACAACAAGGAGUAUAUUCAUUGGUUGGUAGGCAACAUCCCUGGUAACCAGCUGGGUCAAGGCGAUGAGAUAUUUGAUUACCUGCCACCGUUCCCGGCGCAGGGCACCGGUUACCAUCGCUUUGUGUUUGUACUCUUUCAGCAAGACGGCAGGGUUGACUACAGCAAUGCGGCAGUCAGUCUGCCAUGUCGCAAACUACAAGAGAGAACAUUUGAGACGUUAGAGUUCUACAGGCAGUACCAGGACAUGAUCACACCGGCUGGGUUGGCAUUCUUCCAAUGUCGUUGGGACUCCUCCGUGAGAGAGACUUUCCACCACACACUUGGUAUGCGCGAACCAAUCUUUGAGUAUGACCACCCUAAGCAGUACAUUGCCGAGCAGAAGAAGUUCCCCCACAAGAAGCCCUUGCAGUACCUCUUGAAGUACAUGCCCAAGGACAAGAGGGCCAAGAUCAGAGGCUUCUGGCCCAAUUUCCCUGACAGGAGACUUCGAGAUUAAGAGGAACGGGGAAGAAAAGAACACUAGACGGAACCAUUAAGCACAGCCCGACGGGCACAUGGGCAGCGACAUGUGUACCUCUUCAGUGCUAGUGCAUGUUCCAGCUGUGCGCAUCAUGUCGGACCUGUGGAGUACAUGUAAUGGGUGCCCCAUACACAAAAAAAACAUGCAUUACUUAAGUCACACAUGCAACUUUUUCAUGGAUGUUUUUGGUGUUUUUUUUUACUUGACAGAUUGAAGAUAGUCAUAACACAACAAUUUGUAUUCCAAAAUCAUGUUGUUUAUUAUUCAUAUUACUGUUAUCUUGAAGUUUUAUAUGAUACAAUUUUGGUCAAUAUAACACACAAAAAUCUGUUAUAUACAUGCACACUUUGGGGCUCCAAAUAAUUAGUUAAUAGUUAAUGUGAGCAAUGAGCUGCUUCUAUACAUGUACAAAGAAGCAAGUUUUUUUUUUGAACAUUUGAAAAUAUUUCAAAGAUUUUCAAUAGAUAAGAAUAUCCUAUGCAGUAUAUUGAGUUCAAAGCUGCUUUCAGCAGGAAAAUAAACACCUUUCCAGGUCAUUCUUCAAAAUAUUUUAUGUGACCUGGCACACCACGAAAGAUGAAAAUAAAUAUAAGGAUUGAGAUGUCAGAUUAAAUAUUCCCCAAUGAGUAAUUAUUAUUUAAA